CAAAAAAAAAAGGAUCCUUUUUUCCCUUCUUUCCUUAAUUUCCCUUAUUCAAUUUAUUUUGCUUCUGUAGCCUUUUUAGGGCCUGGUAUUCAAAGCAAAUACAACUAUGUUGAAUGAUUAUAAGGCAGAAUCUGCAUUUCUUGUAACAAAUGCUUCAGGGCGACAUAUCAAUCUUCUGAAUGAUGAUAAUAGUGACAUCACCUCGGUGUCUUCUUCAAAUAUCACAAUGAAGAGUGGAAAUGCUUCAGCAGCACCUGAAAAUGUGGGCGGGGUAGAUUACAAUAGUAUCAGUCCCCUCACAUCUAUUUCCGCUACCUCUACUAUAAUUUCACCACAGCAACAACCACAAGCAUUGCUGAUACAGCCAUUGCCGGUUGAUGCCAACAAUGAUAAUAAAGGCUCUACAUUGAAUAGUAAAAGAAAGUAUCACUGUACAGAACCAGGCUGUACCAAAAGUUUUACUACUAGUGGCCAUUUAGCAAGGCAUAACCGUAUUCACACUGGAGAAAAGAAUUUUCCUUGUUUAUUUCCUGGCUGCUCGUCUAGAUUUUCCCGUCAAGACAAUAUGAUGCAGCAUUAUCGUACUCAUAUGUCACCUAAAUCCAAACGAACACAUCAGCCGUAUCAAAAAAGACUUAUUGCUGAAGAUAUGCUGCACCCCAGGCCAAAGCUACAUGCUCAUCAUAGAAUUCGAUCCGAUCCUUAUCAAUCAGAAAGACCUUUAACGAUUGAUCAGCAUUUGAACAAUUAUCGUAGGUCAUUAUUGUCUCAUCCUCCAAUAUCACCAGCCAGUAGUAGUAGCAAUAGUGGAAUAAGUCAGAGACAACCUAUGGAGGUGGACGUAUCUCCUUCACCACUGCGGUUUCAGAUGCCCACUCCUCUGGGUGCAGUAGCAGCGUCAUAUAUACAAAAACAGCAACAACAGCAACGAGACUAUCCAUUGCCACCUCAGAAUGGUUACGCUAGGACGAAUGGAGAGCUUAAUAUGUCAAUAGGUUACAUUUCAACGACAGCCGCCGCCUCCACUUCUUCAACGCCCGCAAAUGCUACUGCUACUAGUAACGAAGAUCAACAUGUACCAAUAAAAGGCAUUUCCAGUAAUAGCUCUAAUAUGGUGACACCAAUAAACAAACCAGAAAUUGCAUUUUACCAAUACCAGCCUCUUACAUAUAACGAGGGCAAACAAUUCACACAAAUGAAUUCGGAAUCCUACCCAUUUACUUUGCUACAUCCUUCUCCUAAGCCGAAAGCACGCCCAGAGCCACAACGUACACCUUCUUUAACAACAGCAUCUGUCUCAUCAACAGAGUCUAUAUCUAACACAUCCGCCGCAGCAACAGUAAUAGAAGAAAAAAAUGAUAAGAAUAAUACCCCGGUGUCGUCAUCUUCUUCCUCAUCAAAAACAAGUCUACUACAACUAGCGCAUAUCGUCAGUACUUUUGGUUAAAUCUUGAUUAGUCACAUUCAAUUCUUUUGUUACCCUAUUAUCAUUUUACGUUUUUACUUUUAGUUUUGUACAUCUCUCAUAAUAAAUUUGUUAUAAGUAUUACAGUCUGUACAUGUGCAUUUUUGAUUCUACUAAACGGGACAGGAAACAACUAUCGACGUAUCCCACUCUAAGCAGUCUAUAUGUGGUUUACCGACGGGUCAUGAGGUUUUAAGCGUAUGCUUUUCAGUGACAAAAUUCAUGCUCAUUUUG